CAGAGGAAAGGCAUAUGGAUUCAGCUAGGACAUGUGUUCAGCCGGGCGACUAUAGCUAGAACACACAGCUAGCUUUCCGAUGCAGGCACGUUGAUGUUUCUGGGAAGGACUCAUUCAUGCAUAUUGGAGAAGGUAUUAUUAAAUCAAGCCUGGCAGUGUGACAGCCAGUAUGCAGCAGGAGAGCUGAGCUUAAAUGUCGCUACAAAUCAAGUGCCUGGUAAGUGAAUGCAGUUGGAGUACAAGCAAUCCAAGACCAUUUAGAAACCGUGGAGUCAGGAAUGGUCUGUUUGUUUCAUGACGUGCACUGCUCUACCCUGUGGCUCAUCAUUUUCCUGUGUUUGGCUGGGACACAUGAAGCAGUUUUGUGGCUUUUCCUGCAGUGUAAUACCAACGAUCUACAUGUUUUUCUGCUGCUUCUGGUCUGCUCGGGGAGUGAGAGAGAACUGCACAUCUGAAUUAGUAAUAUGGUCAGAAGGAACAAAUGGCACGUCGGUUAAGACUUCAUUUUGCCACCAGACGAAGUAAUACUGAUCCAUUGUCGGACAGCUCUGCGGAUGGUCUGGAUAGCAAUAUUCACAUGUGCUUCCAAAGAGGCUCCCAUUCUUCUGCACCAAGCGUGAUACAGAUGAGACUGUCUCCACGGCAAACCGUGCAACUGUCCUCUUCACCUGAAAUUGGGCAUUCAUAUCAAGGUAAUUCUGUUACACCUCCUAGCAAAAAAAGCACGUCGCUGCAGAUUUCUUUACAGCCCAACCGGAGUAGUAGAUGUCAUCAGCCUGGCAACGCAGACCUUUCUGCAGAAGACUUUUCAUUCGUCAGUGAUUACAAGGAUGGGAUUAAUUCUAGUUAUAACAUGAGCAGGAAUUAUAGCUGUCACCCGGUCGUAAAUGACAGCAGUUUCCCAAAUAACACCUCUGCUAAGAACGGCAGUUCAUGUAGCAUUGCUGCAAGUGACAAUGGAUCAUUUAGUAGUAACAGCAGUGACUAUGGAUCAUGUACAAGUACGACAAGUGACACUGGGUCCUGUUCUAACAGUGUCAUAAGUGACAAUAGUAGCUGCACCCUUUCUCUAGGUGAUGCCAGUUAUAUUAACAAUGCGCUUUCUAGCAAUGCAACCUCUAUUAAUGCUGAAGUGACUCCUUCCAAGCUAAAAAAUGUUCGGCAGGUUUAUUCUAGGUGUAAAAGUACUUUUCCUUUUGACCAAGAUGAACUAGACAAAGAGGUGAUUAUAGGAAAUCUGCCAUCAAGAAGGAGAACAAGGCUUCCUCUGAGACGUUGUUCUUCUUUGGUCAUCUUCCCUCGAAGUCCUUCUGAGACGCCACCGACCUCUCCAACUACUUUGAGCCCCACAAUAAAUAGAGGCCCUUAUCAGACAUCCUAUCAGUUCAUGCUUUGUUCUAAUGAGAUUGCACAGAAGGAAGAUCAGCUCUCAUCCAAGGGAUUUCUUUCGACAGCAGUCAAUGGAGUCCGUCUUUCCAAAAAUAAUUGCACUAUUGGUGAAGUUAGAGACGUUAAACCACUUUACUUGAAUGACUCAGUACAAGAGGCCUAUCCGUCGCACGGUCUUCAGAGCACGGCUACUGCAGAGGAUGGAUUUUCUUCUAUUUCACUACGUGUUUCUCAGCAGAGACCGUUGUCUGCAGACAGUGAACGUGUUCGUACAAAAUCACGCAGACACAAUGAAUCUGAGCCCUGCAGCGGAGUCCAUUCACAUCGCCACAUCCGACUAUCUCGCAGUACCUCUGCCUGUUCCCCUUCAAAUAAAAUUGCAGAAUGUCAGAUCAAUCUUAAUGGAGACCAGGGCAGCAAAGUUAUUCCCCUCAGAAAAUCAAGCCAUCUUUUCCAAAGAAGUAUAUCGGAAGGACCUCCCAACAAACCUAACUCUUCCAGUCUUAAGAAUAUUUACCCCAAAUCUGGGUCAUCCCAUUUGCAUAUACAGUUUGCACCCGGAAGUGAAAGCAGGAUAUGUAGCUUUAAGAGACAAUCUAUAAGAAAGCCCUCCACUCGUGUGACUGUCAGACCCUCUGUAAAACCUCUCGAGACCAGAGAUGACUUUCUUGGUCAAGUGGAUAUUCCUCUCUACCAGUUACCGACUGAAAAUCCGCGGUUGGAGCGACCAUAUACAUUUAAAGACUUCAUCCUUCAUCCACGGAAUCACAAAUCUAAGGUCAAGGGGCAUCUUAGACUAAAAAUGACGUAUUUACCUAAAAACAGUGGAUCAGAAGAAGAAGGCACAGAGCAAGGUGAAGAGAUAGAGCCUGGCUGGAUUAUAUUGGACCAACCAGACCCCACUUAUCAACCACAACAGCAGGAAAUAUCUCCGCUACCGCCAGGGUGGGAAGAGAAACAGGAUAUUCUGGGAAGAACUUAUUAUGUCAGCCAUCAGUUUAAAAGAACACAGUGGCAUAGGCCUACCAUUCAGGAUGGCACUGCUGGUCCAGAAAGCGGCAGUGUUCAGUUGGAGGCUCAGCGUGCAUUCACUACUCGAAGGCAAAUCUCUGAGGAAGCAGAAGGUCCAGAAGUCAGGGAUUCUCCAGAGAGCUGGGAAAUUAUUACAGAGGAUGAUGCUACGAUCUACAGCAACCAUUCUGUGCAGCCCAUGCCUGGUAAUGAUCUCCAAGCACAAGUCACUGAUGAACUCAGUAGCAGACUCCACAUAUCUGUAAAUGUACCCAAUGGUCGUCACAGCGCCAGCACUGCCCAUUCCAGCAGAAGAGAGAACCUGCAAUCCUAUACACAAGAGGAACUUCCCACAUUACCAGUUUUGUUACCCACAUCUUCAGGGUUACCACCUGGUUGGGAGGAAAAGCAGGACGAGAAAGGAAGGUCAUAUUACAUAGAUCACAAUACAAGAACUACUACGUGGGAGAAGCCUGUAGUUCAGAAGCCUGCACCUGUGGAAAUGUCACAGACCUCACCCACCCAGAAUGUUCCUAGUGGUCGUCAGCAGCAGUCGCCAUCAUAUGAAUCCACCAAACAGACUGUGGACCAGGAUCUGGGAUACCUUCCCAAAGGCUGGGAAAUGAGGCGUGCCCCAAGCGGACGCCCUUUCUAUAUCAAUCACAUCACAAAGACUACAACAUGGGAAGAUCCAAGACUGAGAAUUCCAGUACAGCUACGGCCAAAACCACCUAUAGAUGUGUCAGACCUGGGACCACUACCACCUGGUUGGGAAGAACGAACACACACCGAUGGACGAGGCUUUUAUAUUGACCACAACACAAAGAGAACUCAGUGGGAGGAUCCGCGCUUACUGACUGCAGCAAUAACAGGACCGGCUGUACCUUAUUCUCGGGAUUACAAAAGAAAAUAUGAGUACUUCCGUAAAAAGCUGAAGAAGCAGCUUGAUAUUCCUAACAGGUUUGAAAUGAAGUUGCGUCGCACAGCCAUUUUUGAGGAUUCUUACCGGAGGAUCAUUUCUAUGAAAAGGGCAGAAUUCCUUAAAGCACGUCUGUGGAUUGAAUUUGACAAUGAGAAAGGCUUGGAUUAUGGUGGAGUUGCCAGAGAAUGGUUCUUCCUAAUAUCUAAAGAAAUGUUCAAUCCAUACUAUGGCCUCUUUGAGUACUCUGCAACUGAUAAUUACACUUUGCAGAUCAAUCCAAAUUCUGGACUGUGCAAUGAAGAUCACCUUUCAUACUUCAAGUUUAUUGGCCGUGUGGCUGGGAUGGCAGUUUACCAUGGAAAGCUUCUGGAUGGUUUUUUCAUACGACCAUUUUAUAAAAUGAUGCUACAGAAAGCUAUAACUCUGAAUGACAUGGAGUCUGUGGACAGUGAGUAUUACAACUCUCUUCAGUGGAUACUUGAGAAUGAUCCAGGAGAGCUAGACCUUCGAUUCACUGUGGAUGAGGAACUCUUUGGACAGACACAUCAACAUGAUCUUAAGCCUGGUGGUUCAGACAUAGUAGUUACCAACAAGAACAAGAAAGAGUACAUACAUCUUGUCAUACAGUGGAGGUUUGUGAACAGAAUCCAGAAGCAGAUGGCAUCGUUUAAAGAGGGAUUUUUUGAACUGAUUCCUCAGGAUCUGAUUAAAAUAUUUGAUGAAAAUGAGUUGGAGCUUCUUAUGUGUGGUUUGGGAGAUGUGGAUGUCAAUAACUGGAGAGAACACACCAAGUAUAAGAAUGGAUAUUCUCUUGGACACCCAGUUAUUCAGUGGUUUUGGAAGGCAGUAUUAAUGAUGGAUGCAGAGAAGAGGAUUCGCCUGCUGCAGUUUGUUACUGGUACUUCAAGGGUACCAAUGAAUGGAUUUGCUGAGCUAUACGGCUCAAAUGGACCACAGUUGUUUACAGUUGAAAAAUGGGGCUCUCCUGAGAAACUUCCCAGAGCGCACACAUGUUUUAACCGCCUGGACUUGCCACCUUAUGAGUCAUUUGAGGACCUAUGGGACAAGCUGCAUAUAGCAAUAGAAAAUGCUCAAGGUUUCGAUGGGGUGGACUGAAGAGUGCACGAAGAGUGGACAUGUGCUACGUUUACCACUGAGAUUCGUGUUUUCCCCCAGGGAACGUCUAUAGUGUUUUGCAAUUUUGUUCAGAAGUUCUCCUAUUUAUAGAAGGAGAUGACCAGAAAGAUAUUCCUCUGUAACCAUACAGAGAAGUGUAUGUGCAUACGCCUCACACAAGGAUCAUUUUCCAAGUUCCUCCAGCGUUUCACAUAACUUGGCAUUUCUUAGAUCUUGUGGUUAGCUCUCGCUCCAGACGUCAGUCUUACUUGGUCACUAUAACUACUGAAUUAUAAGCUGUGAAAUGAGCAUAAUCGUGAAGUAUUAUUUGCUUGUCCCCCUUCUAGUGAAAGAAAAUACUCCCUAAACCCUAACACAGCUGGCACAUCCUUUGUCAUAGGAAGGCUUUCAGACAAUUUGAGUAUAUGAUUUCCAUACCAAAGUGUAACUCCCCUGAAACCACUCAGUAUUUUACCUCUUUUCGAUGAAUAAAAAAUCCACAUGACUCUCAAUAGACAUAUACCAGUGAUAGCCCAUCCAUGUGGUGGUGGUCUACUAUUUGUCAGUGGGCUCAGACAUUUACCAACAAGAAGGGUUUAGGGGGGUUGGGGGGUUCUGACACAGCGGUAGGCCUUGUUAAUCUGUGAAUACACUUUUGGUAAAACAUUCAUCCUUACCUGUGCCACAUUAAUGGCAUUUCUCAGGGUUCUUAGUUUAGGUAACGGGGGUGUAGUUGCAGGAGUGGGUGGGCGAGGUUGGUCCAUAGACACUGGUCUGUGGUUCUCAGAGUGCAGGGAGGAGAAGAGAUUGUAUGGCCAGUUUCAUGAGCACUUAAGGUGGAGUUGUCUUUUAAAAAGAGGACCUGUCUCCUCUCCUGACAUGUCUGAU